CGGCGGGGGAGAGGGGCACGCAGCCGACUGCCACCCGCCCUCCAUCCGCACCGGGCGGUGCUCCGGGAGACGCGGCAUGAAGAUGUAUUUCAGAGAUCAGAUAAAGGCAAGAUAUUUUGAAGAUACAGCAUCAAAAGUUAAGGAAAGCCCAAGGCCCUAGCUUAGAAACACAGAUGGUGGAUGAUGAAACUGAGACUACAAGUGAAGAAUUGCCUCCUCAUCUGCAGGAAGAGCCUCCUGAAGGGCUGCGAACUCAGAAUAGCUUUGCUUGUGAUACCCCAUCUGUCCCAGCUGUGUGCUAUUUCUGAGCUGAUGAUGCCAUUUGCAGCAUGUUGCCAUACUGUGUAACUUUUGCAGUGGGCAAAUAUCCAACGGCUGUGGGGGCAACCCCAAAAUUUAUUACCCCGAUGACCUCGCACAGCUCUCCAGGGGCUGAAGAUGCCAGCAAGGACCACCCGCAGCAGCAGGCAGGAGUGAUCUGGAGAGUGACAGGCGGCCUGUUCAGUAUCACCCGGGGAGCUGUGGGGGCCACACUGGGAGGAGUUGCCUGGGUGGGCAGCAAGAGUCUGGAGCUCACCAAAACAGCUGUGACCAGCGUCCCCGCUGCUGGCGUCGGACUGGUGAAGGGCAGCGUCUCGGCAGUGACCGGCGGCGUCGGAGCUGUGGGCAGUGCGGUCGCCGGCAAAGUCCCUUUCACUGCAAAGAAGAAGGACAAGGCUGACUAAUCCCUGUCACAACUCCCUUCCGAAAGGUCAACCUGCCCAUACUCUUCCCCUACACAGCACCUCUUUGAAUUGGAACCAGCUGCUUCAGGGAGGGUCAAGCACCCGAGCAGACUCUGGCUGCAGCCUGCUCAGCACUGCCUGCCUAGCUCAGAGCUCACAGAGCCACUGUCAAUGCCUUUCACUCCCAUCACCUACUGGGAACCUUUACUCUGAGGGCUUCAAAGGCGCAGUUGUCUCUGUCUUGUAGUUUCCUUCCUCCCUCUUGCUCUUGUAAGCAUGGAGGGUUGGGAGAGGAUGUCAGGCUCCAUCUUCCUGGAGGUGGGGCGAGUAACAGGGGAGGGGGAGAAACUAUGUCUGGCUUGAAGUGUGGGUUGUAUGGUAAAAUUCAACUUCAGCUGGGAAGACUGCCUCUGAAACACCCCUUCUCUUUGCUCUGGGAGGUGUGUUUGGGAGGUGUGCCUGUUGGAGAACUGUAGAAGAAAAAAGUCCCAUUGACACAAGGGAGAGAUACUGUGAAAAGAGGGAAGCCUCCCUCCUGCCCUGCGCUCUUACCUUUUCUUUGCAGGGCCCAUCCCACAAGCUCCUUCCAAUCACUUACUCCUUGGCUGAAUUGCACCCUUCAGAGAAGGAACCCUCAAGCUCAGCAGAGCAGCUCCAGGGAUGAUGCCACACUGGAGUAUGGUAUGUCCCAGGCCAUCAACUUCUGCACAGAUUUUCUUGAUGAAAGGGAGGAGGAUGAGAGCUACUGUAAGUUCCCAUUUGGGGAAGAAGCUGAGAGUGGCACUUGCCAGGCCUCUGUGAUAUUGCAGCACAGGCAGUGAUGCUCUACAGAGAGACCCUUUUGUUUGAUCCUUGAAGUCCUUGCAAUAUCCCUGUCUGCAACAGGGGCAUUUUGUCUCUUGUCCACACUCACACUCCACAGACAUCAGUAGCAAGCAACCAGGAGCAAGCAUGUUCCCAAAUGCCACCCAAAUUCUGCUGCAGGGAAGGAGGGGGGUCCAAGAGCAUUUCUCACGACUCAGCACCCCAGAAGCGGUGGCCUGGGCGUGAAUGGGCUGCACUGUGUUGGAGAACACUUCCCAAGUGGCUGAGUGUGCUCCAACAGCAGCCAGCCUGCAUGGGGCACCAGCAACUCCUCCUGUGCACGCUGCUCCUGGGGCCCCAGCCCAGCUCCUCUAAAUGACUGUGUUGCACUAAAUAGCCCACUCGUACUUGUAGUGCCGCAGAAACCCAGACACCUGCAUCCAUCUGGGAGUCAGAGCCAUCCCCAGCCUGGCCCAUGACAUUGAAGGGGCCACGUGGCAUUACACACACGUAGACACACACAAACACAAACACAAAUGUGCACUCACUCCCUCCAAGGACCCCUCUAAUGCUUGAGAUGAAGAAAGGCACAGCCUCCACCAUUAACUCUGCUGCUCCUGGCUUUGGCAGGUGAUUUGCUGAGGUCCAUAGGUGUUGGAAGCGUAGACAAGUGAAGCAGUGCUUGUGCUGUAUUUUAUAAAUAUGCAUCUGUAUUAGCGUGUGUGUACGUAUUAGUCCACAAGCAUGUCUUCAGCCAGGUAAACAAAACUGUGCCACUGCUGCAGAGGAGUUUAUAUAGUCAUCUUCAGCACUUCCAGGAUAUAGUUUUUAUAUAGGGUCUCGGUCAAAAUAAAAAUCAUGUUUUAGAGGAUGUUUUGCCCUCUGUUGCCCAAGAGUGUAGUUUAUUGAAACCAAAGGAAUGUGAAAAAUCCCCUUUCUCCCAUCUGUGCUGUUUGUUUUCUUUCUUCCCUAUCUUUUGGACAUUGAAGCCAACUUUAUUGAUCUUUAUUUCCCCUUGGAGGUCGUCACACUUCCUGUCUGCUCUCUUGUGCUUAGGACUUAGAUAUCAGGGAAUAUUUUAGUACAACACACCCACCCCUACCACCAUUUUUGCUGAAUAUUCUUGGGCUCAUGAUGCAGUUUUCAUUCUGACCUUUAUUAAAUCCACAUUUUAGGACAUAUGUCACUGUGUCCCUGUGCUAGUCAUGCUAGUGUUAGUCUCUCUCCAUACCCUUCGCUAAGUAGUCCCUGCUGUUUGCAGCAAGAAGCUGCUGAUCUCCACAGUGUGUUACUCUUGAUAGCAUGAGAGAGGUUUAACCUACAUCUUUGUUUCUGAAGGGGAAACAGCAUUGGGUAUGUGUGUGCAUUUCCUCACUUUGUCUCUUUUGUUCUGGUGAAGGCCAGGUUGACCCAGACAUGUCGGUUUUGUCUCUGAAGGCAGAGGCUUCACAGGAAGAUCAGUCCUUGAAGUGUGCCUGUACUUUGUUGGGAUGCUCAUGGCAGUUGGCAAGGCCAGAAGAAGUCUUGUCUGUUCUCCUUUUGUCUCAAAAGCCCUGCAAAGCAGGACAGUUUGCACUGCAUGGAUUUCUGCUCACUGCUGUCCCUGAGCACGUCUCAUCUCUUAUUCCAGAUCACAAAGUGCUCCUGAAGUGAGCUUUAGCCCCAAAGCUAAAAGCUGCUUGUGCGCAACUGGCUGUGCUGUCACUCUCUUGGAAGGAUAGUUUCUGACCAAUGGGGACAGAAGACAGUCAUCUUCCUAAAUGCCUCUCCCAGGUCUUGGACAGGAGGAGAUAGUAUCUAAAGAGCUUCACCAGCCAUUCCGGGCAGGUGAUGGGAAGUUCAUCAUGCUUUUGGCAUGCCAGUGUCUCACACAGGAUCUUGCUGGUGGAGGCAGUACUUCCUUCCCAAGCUGUUGUCUGUGCAGAGCAGGCAUGUGUGUGUGCAGAGCAGGCAUGGCAAAUAGGAUAAAGGUGCAUGAAGGAAGGGCACAAGGAUCCUGAGGGUUUCCCAUCUUUUUAUUUCUUCUCCUCUGUGUGGCCUUGCAGUAAAUGGAGUAAAGCUUACCAUUUGUCUGGAACUUCCGUUUCUUUGCAGGAUGGCCCGGAGAAGGGGACAUGAGCUUGAGAGAGGAACUGACAGCUUAAAUCACUGUUCUUAUAGCUAACAGAACUCAUGGACCAUCAAUAGCAAAAGAGAUCAAAUUAGCAGGCAGGGGUAGGCAGAAGAUUAAAUCUACUCCAAAACCAAGGCCCUGCACUGCUUACCAGGCAUUCAGGAAUAUGUAACUCUCAGGAUUAACAGGAUUCAAAGGCUUCUGGGAAGUCUGUCUCUGUUAGCGUGCUAGGCCUACUUGGUUCAUUGCGGCAACUUAGCCUGCUUUUCUGGGCACUCUCAGUGCCAGAACAGAAGGAAGACAGGAUCGAUCUUCCCAGUCUGAGAGCAAAUAUGCCUCCUGACAGCUUUGAUUGCAGUACAGUGGGAUCUGGAUUGGAGGGGAAAGCUCUUGGCUUCUGUUGAAUGUCCUAUCUUUCCUCCUCCCCCACUACAGAGACUCCAGCCACCUGGGCCGCCAGUGCAGCCCUUCUCCCACCACCCCUUGUGGUAAAAAGGGCAAGAACUAUCCCAUGGAUACUAGAUGGGGGGGCUUGGUACAAAAUAGGAGGGGGCGGCAUUGAGGUGGAGGGAAGGAUUGACAGGAGUUAAUACACAGAAGAUGAGGAGGGAGUGGUGACAGGAGGAACUGAUGAGUAGGGGAGCAAGAAAAGGGGGAGUGUGGAAGAAAUUUGUUUCUUAGGACAGGCUUUGAAUCAGAGGAUGAACUCAAUGGAAUUUGUCCUAGGGAAGAGCACAGAAAGGGAAGUGGAUGAAUGUAGGUUUUGAUGUGUGGUAGUGGUCCAUGGCUGGCUUGUGCCCUUCUUCCAUAGUAAUGAUUUCUAGGAAUUUCCAUUGGGAUGGAACAAUGUAUUCAAUGAAUGGUCAAAGCGUCAGAUCAGCUCCCUUCUUACCACCCGCCCUUCUCAGAUCUCCCCCAGGCUUUUGUCAUGAUCUCCCCGUGAUGGGGCUGGGUCUCCCCCAUGGUGCAGGUGGAAUGUAGCCCUGGACACAGCCCUGUGUUCCACCAUGGCUAGAUGCUCCGCAUGCCCAAGGAACAUGUCCCAUCUGAAAAGAGACCCACAGUCACAUCCUGUUCUCCCUUUUCCCUUUCCUUAAUCUCAUUAUCUUUCACUCUUUUUUGUCCCUACCUUAGCUUUCUCUCUUGCCCCUGGAUAGAGUUCCCCAAAGCUUUUGCUGAGACCUUUGUUAAACAUCCACUCAUACUGUCUGGGAGGGCAGAGGAUGACUCUGCCUCCACAGCUCCCCUAGCUGGGAGAGAAGUGCAUGUCGUCCACCCCUCUUUGUCACCUUGUGUUUUGUGUGUGGAAGAUCUUAAUCUAUUUCUUUUCCUCUGGGUUCUGCCGUUGGCUCUUGUCCCCAUGGGUGGGUUAUUUCCGUAUCUCCGUUGUAAAGUGUCUCCUUGUAAAAACAACAGUGUGAGUGGGAAUAUGGAGAAGGCUAGAAAGAGCCACAGAGCUGCUGGAACAGAUGCCAGGGCCCAGCUCUGCUUCUCUAGGAGCUGAGGAGGCCUUUGGCAACCCAAAACCAUCACUGCGGCCACGCGGUCCCGUGCUCAGUGCUGGGCUCCAGAGAACACUUUUGUUUUUAUCAUUUCAUUGUCUGUAAUUGGUUUCCUACUGAAUUUGUUUGCUUGGUUUGUUUUGCAGUGUGUUUCUGGGAAUAUUCUGCAUCUCUGUAUUUUAAUUACAGUAAAAUUUGAGGAUAAAACCCUUGA